AUGUCGACCACUGUAGAGAAAAUCAAGGCCAUCGAAGAUGAGAUGGCCCGUACCCAGAAAAACAAGGCAACUUCGUUCCAUUUGGGUCAGUUGAAGGCGAAACUGGCGAAACUCAGAAGAGAAAUUGUUACCUCUGCCACCCAGGGCGCGGGAGGCGGUGGAGGUGUUGGAUUCGACGUUGCAAGAACUGGUGUUGCGUCUGUCGGAUUUGUUGGAUUCCCAUCUGUGGGUAAAUCUACUUUGUUGUCGAAAUUGACAGGAACUGAGUCCGAGGCUGCCGAUUAUGAGUUUACCACUUUGGUCACCGUGCCAGGUGUUAUCAGAUACAAGGGAGCCAAAAUUCAAAUGCUGGAUUUGCCCGGUAUCAUUGACGGUGCUAAGGACGGUAGAGGUCGUGGUAAACAAGUUAUUGCAGUGGCCAGGACCAGCAACUUGCUAUUUAUCGUGCUGGAUGUCAACAAACCAUUGCAUCACAAACAGGUGAUCGAAAAGGAACUCGAAGGUGUGGGUAUUCGUCUCAACAAGCAACCACCAGACAUUUUGAUCAAGAAAAAGGAGAAAGGUGGUAUCUCAAUCACCAACACGGUUCCGCUCACACACUUGGGACCUGAUGAAAUUAGAGCCGUGAUGAGUGAGUACAGAAUCAAUAGUGCAGAAAUCGCAUUCAGAUGCGAUGCCACCGUUGAUGAUCUGAUCGAUGUCCUCGAGGCGCCCACCAGAAGAUAUAUGCCAGCCAUCUACGUUUUGAACAAGGUGGAUUCUCUUUCGUUGGAAGAGUUGGAGCUAUUGUAUCGCAUUCCCAACGCGGUUCCUAUCUCGGCCGGAAGAGAGUGGAACUUGGAUGAACUCUUGCAAAUUAUGUGGGACAGAUUGAACCUGGUGCGUGUGUACACCAAACCCAAAGGUGUUAUGCCCGAUUUCAGUGAUCCAGUCGUUUUGAGAUCUGACAGAUGUACUGUUCGUGACUUCUGUAACCAAAUUCACAAAUCGUUGGUGGACGAGUUCAGAAACGCCAUCGUUUAUGGCAGCAGUGUCAAGCAUCAACCACAAUAUGUUGGUUUGAGUCAUGUUCUAGAAGAUGAAGAUGUCGUCACGAUUUUGAAAAAGUAA